UAUUUAGAGCUCAUCACCUUCGGUUUGGCUUUAAGUGCUACAAAACCUCAGGAGGAAACUUCAGAUUGUAGUAGAACUACAGACUGCAAUAGGAAUACAGACAGUCAUAGAGAUACAGAUUGUAAAAGAAUUAAAUACAGGUUGUAAUAGACAAUAGACACUGUUAACUAGCCCUUAGUACAAGGUUUGGUCUGUCAAAGUCUUUUCUCUAACAGAGGACUUCAGCUCCCAGGCAGACUGAGUUCUACCCACUGAGGAUGAAGAGUGUGGUGCUGUUGCUGCUGGCUUUCUUCAGCUCCAGAGUGCAAGGAGAACGGAUAGAGAAGAUUGAGCAAUGUGAAGCCCGCUGUUCUCAGGGAUUGCCUUGUGAAGCCAACUACCAAUUGUCAUUUGAGAGGUGCAAGAACCUGUCAGGUGGGGUGAACAGGGAUGUCUUCAGCAACACCAGCAUUUCCACAGUGAUGAAGUGUGAGGAGAGACAGAGGUGUUCUCUUCAUCUCAGAGUCAGCACUGGUCUUCAGAUGAACAAGCACAUCCGUGGCAUCUACGUGUGCAUAGUUACUGCAGGAAUGAUGGAACGCUGCAGAGCCGUGAGAAUCUUGCGUUCAGCAAGAGAGAAAUUGGUGAACCAGCAGGUGAAUUUUCAGGAUGACUGCCUGGAAGUGCACUCAGGACAGGAUGUCCAUGUAACAAUUAAAACCUGGCCGCACAUCUGUGAUGUGGCUAUUUCCAGAUCAUACCGUGUUCCAGACUGCAGCAACAAGGAUAUACAAAGAAGUGUCCCUGAAUGCAUCACGGGGAAGAUUCAGUAUGAUGUAGACACUGAUAGGAAGGAGCUUUCUGUGAGUGUUUCCGAUAUGCUGGAGGAUAAAGACUACCAACUGAGGCUCUGCCACAAGGGUUUCAUCUGCACAGGCACUGGAGUUCAAGCAGUGCUGAAAAAGGAGAAUCCUGUGAAGAAAGUCACCCUGAAGUAUUCCCGACCUGUGCCCUGCUUGUGCAUUGAGGGCUGGUCUAUCAUGACUGAUGCACCUCGGGUUCGAGUCUGCCCUUUCGAAAACCGUGUUGAGGAGCUGUGGUCUGGGAUCACCUUUGACCCUAUUGAGGAGACACUAUCGUGGGAAGCAACGUGCCAUGUUAAUGCCGUCAUUAGGUUGUGCGAGCUGCAAGAUGGAGACACGUGCCAAGACUUUGCAAAUUCAUCCCAGACGUACAUGAAAGGAAAAGUGACAUACUCAGCGGUGGAUCCUCAUCCCCGGCUUUGCAUGAAGUUCAUCACAGAGGCUGGAGUGUGGGUUAAGUGCCCAUUUUCAGAAGGGAACUUCCCAGCUUGGGAUCUAAAAGUGAGCACACAAGUGGGUCACUCAGAGCUGCUUGUGACAUCACAGGUCAAAACCAGCCUUGCUCUGAGCAAGUGUACCAAAACUGUGGCUGCUGAGUGUGAGGUCACACACACCACCUUAGUUAAAGUGGAGAAAUUUCAGACCGUACAGCUUGAUUUGUCCACAGAUCUCUGCAAAUCAAAUAACUGCAUCAGGGCAAAGCGGGCAGAUGUGAAAUACGGAGUGACUACUCUCUACUGCCAGCCCCCAUGCUCGUUCUCGGCCUCCACGUCCACAAGCAGUGAGAGUGAAUGGCAGCUAACGCAUGUAGUGGUGCCAGUGGUGGCCCUGACCACAGCUUUAUUGGUGGUUGCUAUGGUGACAGGCAUUGCAAUGAUAGUUUACCAGAUUACAAGGAUAACAAAAGCUCGGGGUAUUGGUCGCUUGCCAAGACCUCACACAGGUUCUUUCUUAUCCAUGACUGAAGCGCCGAACUCCAAAACUCAACUCGCGUGCAAAUCCGUCUUUUUUGACAUAUGCAGCUCAGGAACAUCUCAGUUUAAACACUGUGUGAAGUCCAAUCUGCUGAACGACUCUACAAACCUCUUAGUGUAAUUCUGAGAUGGGAUAUGUUGUGUUUGUAUUUUGCUUUGUUUGUCAUAGAUUUUGUAUUUAUAUUUGGUAGGCCUACUGGAAAUAGAAAUGCACUGAAUUUAUUAGAUUCUGAUAUGUUCAUCAUUUCCACAUGAAUGAAAUGCAUGACACUAACACAAUGCCAAGAGUAAGUAAACUGAAAAAAAAAAAAAACAAGAUUGUUUUAA